AUGCAAGCUUUUAGAAUUGCAAGGGACGCUACAGGUUGUGCGGUGUGCCACCGGUUGCCCCUGCAAGUUAUUAACGGUGCCGGAGUAACUCCUGCAAAGCCGGCGCCCACCCCACCUCACGCCAUUAAAGCAAGAUUUGCGUGUUACACCGAGGAGCAGCCUUCCACGCAGUUCACGGCACAGCUUCCAAGCGAGGUGAGCCCGGCCACAGGCCCCGGCCCCGCCUCUCAGCCGUCGCCUCAGCCUGUUUCCUACGCCCUUCUGCAUCUCUCUGACUCGACUGAACCGUCUUUUCUCCAAGUACAGCUCCAAUCUUCGCCUGUCUCCCCUCCUCCGCCACCGGCGAGCGGCAAGUCAAUAUCGAUGUGUUACACAAGUACGGGCGCCAUUCUGCCCUUGCCACCGAAAAAGAAAGAUAUUUAUCGCCCUUACUGCCUCGGAGAUCGCGCAUUCCUACACCGUGCUGAAGAGGACCUUAAUGCGGCCCACGCUAUUCUGGACUUAAGUCAACAUGCGGUAUUUCUGACUACGCCGCCCCGUUCCGAUCCUGCGCCCCCAGAACCACCGCCGCAACCCCCGGAACCUCCUGUUCAGGAACAACCCGAACGUCCUGAACGACCACGGGAAACUGUCGCUUACACAUACGAUGCGUUUUUCGUAAGCGAUGGUCGUUCCAAGCGUCGCAACUUCGCCAACGCACCCGUCGAGUGUGCCCAGCAACCCGAACAUAAAUCAAAGUACACAUGCAAUGAGUGCGGCAAACGUUACGCAACAUCAUCGAACCUUUCACGGCAUAAACAAACUCACCGCAGUUUGGACUCGGUGGCGGCGAAGCGCUGCGGCGAAUGCGGAAAAGCCUACGUAUCGAUGCCCGCGCUGGCGAUGCACGUGCUCACGCAUCAACUGUCGCACGUAUGCGGCGUUUGUGGUAAGUUGUUCUCACGCCCUUGGCUACUUCAGGGGCAUCUCCGUUCGCAUACGGGUGAGAAACCGUACGGAUGUGCUCACUGCGGAAAAGCAUUUGCCGAUCGCUCGAAUCUGCGUGCGCAUAUGCAGACGCAUUCAUCUGACAAGAACUUCGAAUGUUUGCGCUGUCACAAGACCUUUGCACUGAAGAGCUACCUCAAUAAGCACCAAGAAUCGGCAUGCGUGCGAGACGACGACUCUCCGCUACCCGAGCCGUCCGCCUCCACGUCCGAUUAA